UCAUAUUAGUAAAAAGUCUCACACUAACCAAACAAAACUCAUUGUAAUACAAAUACAACUGUAUCCCUUUGUUCUCUUUCUCUUGCACAAACUUCGUUCCGCGAAUCUCUCUCUCUCUCCUUCUUCCUCUUUCCCUCUUACAAGACCAACAACAACAUAUAAACAGAGAUUAUCAAAAACCCAAAUGUAUUAUUAGCGGACAUGUCACCGCCACCACCCUUCUAAACUAACUACACACAGACAGCUAAUUCCUCCUCCCAAAUGGAAGCAGCACCAGCUGGCGGUUGCGGCGGCGGCGGUUUAAGAGGCGACCACGCAUUGCUGCUCAAACUGGUCGGAGAGAUUGUAGGGAUAUCAGCUGGAAAUGGAAUCAAUGGCUGUGAUGAAUUGGUGUUUAGGAAGGAUUGUACGGAUCUGGUGAGGAAGAUAUCUCUAUUGACGCAUUUACUUGAGGAGAUGAGAGAUUUUAACAAGGUCCUUCUUGAUGAUGAAUCUGGACCCUUGGAUUUGCCAUCGUCUAAUGGGAAUUGGUGCUCCGAUCUUUUCAGUGCUUUACAGGCUGCUAAGCGUCUUCUAUUGGUUGCUUUCACUUUUAAAUCUAGUACUGCUCACAAUUCUGAUGGAGCCACCAAGAAAUUUGCUGUUCAAUUCCAAUUUGUGACACGGAAACUGGAAAAGGCUUUGGCUAACAUACCAUAUGAUCAGUUCGACAUCUCAGAGGAAGUACAAGAACAGGUCGGACUCGUAAGAUCUCAGUUGCGAAGGGCCACAGAAAGAUAUGGGUCACUAAACUCAAGAACUGCGUCUUUUGCCUUGGCAGAGCUGAAUAAAGAAGUUAAUAACAUACAGAAGGGGAACAGGUUAACUAGAGGUGGACCUAAUGAGAACAGUGGUAGUAUUAAUCAUGAAGGUACAGAGAGGCUGAAUGUUGUUUCAGUCAGUAGCGAGGCAAAACGCCAUACUGUGGAUCAGGUUGUCAGUGAAUCAAAGGAAGUUGGUGGCAACAAGAAGGAUUGUUUGGCCAACAAGAAUAUGGAAGACUUAAAGAAGCCUGAUGCACCUGCCAUCCCUGAUGAUUUUCUGUGCCCCAUUGCUUUAGAAAUAAUGAGAGAUCCUGUUAUCGUUGCCACAGGACAGACAUAUGAGAGGUCUUACAUUCAAAGAUGGAUAGAUACUGGCAACACAACAUGUCCAAAAACUCAGCAGAAACUUGAACACUUGACACUGACUCCAAAUUAUGUUCUGAGAAGUGUAAUAACUCAGUGGUGCGCUCAGCACAAUAUUGAGCAGCCAAGCGCGUUAGCAAAUGGGAGAAUAAAAAAGAGUGAUGGAUCUUUUCGUGAUGUAAGUGGCGAUAUAGCAGCCAUUCAGGCGCUUGUCCGCAAGCUUUCAAGUCGGUCUGUGGAGGAGCGCAGAGCAGCUGUAUCCGAAAUUCGUUCACUAUCAAAAAGAAGCACAGACAAUCGGAUACUAAUAGCAGAAGCAGGAGCUAUUCCUGUUCUAGUCAACCUUUUAACUGCUGAAGACGUGCCGAUACAAGAAAAUUCAGUUACUGCGAUUCUUAACCUCUCAAUUUAUGAAAGUAACAAGGGACUAAUAAUGCUAGCUGGUGCGGUUCCUUCCAUUGUCCAAAUUCUCAGGGCUGGGAGUGUUGAAGCAAGAGAGAACGCAGCAGCAACACUCUUUAGCUUGUCGCUCGGGGAUGAGAACAAAAUAAUAAUAGGUGCAUCAGGGGCAAUACCUGCUUUGGUAGAAUUACUUGAAAAUGGAAGUCCUAGAGGGAAGAAAGAUGCUGCAACAGCCUUGUUCAAUCUGUGCAUUUAUCAAGGGAACAAGGGCAGGGCUGUUAGGGCCGGAAUAAUUCCAGCAUUAUUAAAGAUGCUUACAGACUCAAGAAACUGUAUGGCUGAUGAGGCUCUAACCAUUCUUUCUGUUCUAGCUAGUAACCAAGAUGCGAAGGCUGCCAUAGUAAAGGCUAGCACUAUACCUGUUCUAAUAGAUCUGUUGAGAACAGGUCAGCCGCGCAACAAAGAGAACGCAGCAGCCAUUUUGCUUUCAUUGUGCAAGAGAGAUCCUGAGAAUCUCGCAUGCAUAAGUAGGCUGGGUGCUGUCAUACCUUUGAUGGAGCUUACUAAAAGCGGCACUGAGAGGGGAAAGCGAAAGGCUACUUCAUUGUUGGAGCAUCUUCGGAAGCUACAGCAACGCUAGCAGAGGUAGUUGUACCAAAAAGCUCUAAUUAUUAUUAUUUUUUUGCUCUUUAAAAAAGAAAAAUUCCUUUUGUUAAUUUGAAAUUUAAUUGAUUGACAAUGAUUGCCACACCAUUCUAUUAAAUAUAGUGUGAAACUGAGAAUAUAAGCAUGGGAGACAAAAGUCUUUUCUCAUUGCUAUCAUUGUAUUUAAUUCCUUCUUUAUCGAGUGUGUAAAAAAUACAAAUACAGUUGGUAUCUUGUUUGUCCUGAUAA